GCUGCUUCUUGCGUUAUUCAAACUGCUGCUUUUGUCACUUGUUUGUCGAUUGCGAAAAGGUCCGUUCCUCUUGGGGAAAAUAUUGUGUUUAACAUCUACAAGAAGUUGAGAAAGUCUUCUGGAUGGGCCAGAUUGAUUCUAGCUUUUCUCUCAUCAUCACUUUGUGGCGUUAGCAAGAGAUGCGAGAAAUAAAUUGUACGCACUGUGUUGACGGCACACAUUAUUAUCUUUUGCUGUUGGCUUUUUCGCCGUUAAAAGAAGAAGAGUAUGUCGUGUAAGGAGAGUCUCAGAAGUCCUCGAGGUGCUCCUGAACUUCCACCAGCGACAACUGAUGGGCGAGAAACGUGGAGCAAAAAAGUCGACUUCUUGCUGUCGGUCAUAGGUUUCGCUGUAGAUCUUGCAAACGUGUGGAGAUUUCCUUAUUUGUGUUAUAAGAAUGGAGGCGGAGCAUUUUUGGUUCCUUAUUGUGUUAUGUUGGUUAUUGGAGGCAUACCACUCUUUUACAUGGAAUUAGCUUUGGGUCAGUUUAACAGAAAAGGAGCCAUCACUUGCUGGGGCAGAAUAUGUCCGUUAUUCAAAGGUAUUGGGUAUGCCGUAGUCUUGAUAGCUUUUUACGUUGAUUUCUAUUACAAUGUUAUAAUUGCUUGGGCUUUAAGAUUUUUCUUUGCCUCCUUUACGAAUUUAUUACCUUGGACAACAUGUGACAAUUCCUGGAACACUCCUAAUUGUAGACCAUUCGAAUUUCCUACCAGAAACUAUUCAGAUUUCAAUCGAACUGAGCUUGAAGAAAUUAUAGGACCAACGGAUUCUCGAUUCGCAUCAGCCGCUUCGGAAUACUUCAAUCGAGCUAUCUUAGAGCUCCAUCAAAGUCAAGGUUUACACGAUCUGGGUGCUAUAAAAUGGGAUAUAGCUCUGUGCCUUUUAGCAGUAUACAUUAUAUGUUAUUUUUCUUUGUGGAAGGGCAUAUCAACGUCUGGAAAAGUUGUUUGGUUUACCGCUUUGUUCCCGUACGCAGUUCUAUUAAUUCUUUUAGUAAGAGGAAUAACAUUACCAGGUUCUGCAGAAGGAAUCCAAUAUUAUUUGAGUCCGAAUUUUGAAGCCAUUGGAUCGGCAGAGGUUUGGGUAGAUGCUGCAACACAAGUUUUUUUCUCUUUGGGUCCAGGAUUUGGUGUUCUCUUAGCAUACGCUUCCUAUAACAAAUAUCAUAAUAACGUGUACAAAGACGCACUCUUAACCAGUGUAAUCAAUUCAGCAACAAGUUUUAUAGCAGGAUUUGUCAUUUUUUCGGUGCUAGGGUAUAUGGCACACGCUGCCGGAAGGCCAAUUCAAGAAGUGGCAACUGAAGGUCCAGGGUUAGUUUUCAUUGUUUAUCCAGCAGCGAUAGCCACCAUGCCUGGAAGCAUUUUUUGGGCGCUGAUAUUUUUCAUGAUGCUACUAACCUUAGGCUUAGAUAGUUCGUUUGGUGGUUCGGAAGCUAUAAUCACCGCUCUAAGUGACGAAUUUCCAAAAAUAGGAAGAAACAGGGAAAUUUUCGUCGCUUGCUUAUUCACUUUAUAUUUUUUGGUCGGACUGGCAUCGUGCUCUCAAGGUGGAUUUUAUUUUUUUCUACUUCUGGAUCGUUAUGCUGCAGGGUAUUCUAUGCUUUUCGCAGUAUUUUUUGAAGCCAUAGCAGUUUCGUGGAUAUACGGGACUCAACGUUUUUGUGAUGACAUCAAAGAUAUGAUCGGUUUCGCGCCAGGAUACUACUGGAGAUUUUGUUGGAAAUUUGCAGCGCCAGUAUUUUUAUUAUUUAUCAUUGUUUACGGUCUAUUAGGGUACGAACCAUUAACUUACGAAAAUUACGUUUAUCCCGGUUGGGCGAAUAUUCUUGGUUGGGUUAUUGCAGGAUCUUCGGUGCUUAUGAUUCCUAUUGUUGGACUGUAUAAAUUCAUCGUCACACCUGGGUCUUUCCUUAUGAGAAUUCGAAUUUUAACGACCCCAUGGCGUGAUACUCAAAGAACUCCUCAAAUAAAUGGAGUUAUUCAAACGGAAAGUCAGCAAGUUCGUUUAUCGGCGCCAGAACUACCAAACCAACCACCGGUUGAAGUGUGAGAUAAGAGAAUUACUAAAUUUAAGGAAUAUUACGUUUGAUUAUUUCUAAUCAAAUUAUUCGGAAAGAUCUUAAUUUUUUCUUUUAUAUUGGUUCUGCUUAAUAGAAAUAAACGGUCUAGUCCUAGAGUAUUUUAUAUCAAAAGUGGUAAAAUUAUGUGUAAUUGUGUUAAUGUUUAGAUUUAAAUAAAUUUGUAAAGAUAUCCCCUAAAUGUUAACAGUAAUAAUGUUUAUACCUAGACCAAUGACCAAUGAAAAACUAGUCCGAUCCGAUCAUUACCUAAUUCAUUUCGAUAGAAUAUCACUAGCACAAUAAUUCUAUUAGUAUUAUUUAUUAUAUAUUUCAAUGUAUAAUAUUAUAUACUAUGAUCGAAAAGUUGUUUUAUCCAAAGAACAAAAACAGUUUAAUUUAACUUUGUCCUGUAGACGCCAUUAAAAUCAUCAUCAUCUUGACAUUUAAUUAGGAUAUCCUGCACACAAAGAAAAAUUUCGCAUUUCAAGGUUAUGUUUUUGACGUCAUUGUUUACUCCACCAUUUCAGUCCACUAUUUAAUUUUUGAGUUUUUUUGGGCUUCCUGCUGUAUUUUCUUUUAAGAAAGAAGGUAAAUUUGUAUCUCCUAAAUUGUCUUUUUUAUUGGUGUUUCAAUAUACUAUAAACACAAUUAUGUAUUGUGCUAUUAUUAAAAUUCACACAAUAAGUUAUUAAGUAUAUGUAUUGAAUUAAAAAAUAAAUGUUAUUUUCAACGUGUCCAUGUAUAUUAUUGACAUCAACUAAUGUAUAAAUAUAGAAUCAAAUUUUAGAAUAAAAUUUUUCCGGUAUUCGCUUUGUACCAUUUUUGGUUACAAAAAUUUUUUUUUCAAUACAAAAAAUUCAAAGUAAUUAAAUAUAUCUAUUAAAUCUAAAUUUGUCAUAAAAAAAUAAAAUAUAAAGAUACAAAAUCAUAUUUUGUGAUUAUGUGAUAUAAUAAAUAGCACACGCAGUAACUUCUUGUACUUAACCUAUAAAUGCAAAUUGUUUAAUUGAUUGUGCAAUCCUAAACAGUUAGCUGUUUAGUAUCAGUCCAUGACUCUGUUCCUAACCUGACACUGAAAUUUAUUAUUUCUGAAAUAAUCAAAAUAAUUACUUUAUAAUAAAAAUGUUGUCACCACUAGUUUCAGUAAAAAUAUCAACUUGUCGACUCUUUUACAGGCAGAUACAAGAAAAAAAAUUUCGAGAUUAGCAUGUUUGUUUGAAAAUUGAGUAAAAAUUGAUGUAAAAUACAUAAGUUAUUUUAUUUAAUCCCAUUUUAUAAUUUUUUGCGGGAGUAUCAACUAUUGGUUUAAAAAAAUUCAGUUUGUUACCAGAACCUGAUAUAUAGCUGUCAGAUAUACAGUAAAUUAAUAGUUAUUUAUACAACAAGUAAGUAAUUGUAUUUUCCACAUUUAUUAUUUGGAUAAACAUAGUUUAUAAUUUGGAUAAAACAAUUACGUUUAUAAUUGAUUUAAUUUGUUGAACAUUUUUUAUGACUUACUUUUAAGAAACGCGUGCUAUACAGCCAACGUCUGAUAUUUUUUGCCAAAUAUCUGAUGAUAGUACACGUUUAUCUAUUUAAUAAUUUAAUAUUGUUAAAUUAAAAUACAAAAGUUUCAAGGCGUAAAAUUAUUGGUAGGGCCCAAUAAUUUUAAUCUUUAAUCUUUUUUUCUAAUUAUUAAUAACUGACAAUUUGUUUUUUAUGUUAGCUUUAAUGAAUUUAUACAUUUGGAAAGACGCAUUUAUUCACUUUCAACAACAAGAAAGCAACAAUAAAUUCACGAACUUUGACAACUCAUUUACACGAAUAAAAUAUUAUAUUAGUAUGAUACGUACAUCGAAAAUGUAGAUAUUUUAUAGAAAAUGUAUUAGUUAGCAAUAUUAUUCAAUAGGGCAAAUAUAUUUAUCAAAAGUGUAUAUAUAUAUUGAAAAAAUAUUAUUUAUGUACGUUUUGGUUCUAUAUAAAUUUUAAAAACUGGGUAUGAAACAGGCUUUAAAGUAAUUUUAAUAAAGAAAACGGUCAAACAGCCAUUUGAUUGUUUUCCAAGGCACUAAAUAUAAAAUAGAUAACUGUUUGCUUAAGAAUAAUAAUUUUUAAACAAUAUAAUUAUUAAAAUUAGAAACAUUUUAGCAACACCAAAUAAUUUGUUUGGUAACUAAUUUUAUUUAUCAAAGAAAGCAUUUUAAAUAAUAGUUCGACUUUUUGGAAAAUAAUUGUAAUUAACAGGUAUUGUGUCAAUUUAUUUGUUAAUAAACCGUUUUAAAUAUGAGAAACAUCAAGAAAUAAACAUUUAUUUUCCUGCUUAUUCUUGUAACCUUAUGGAAAACUGUAUACUAGCAGAAUGUGUGUAGGUAAAACUAUAAAUGGAUUAUUUUCGGGACAACCGUAUAUUUUUCUAACCCAUUACAUAAAAAAUUAAUGUAGUCAUUUCUAAUUUUUAUAGUUAUGUUAGAAAGCUUCAUGUUUUUUCAAUGUUUUUGCAGGAAAAGUUGUUUGCAACAGCCAUUGCCAAAAGCUUUACUCGUUAAAUAAAUAUAUUUAUUUUUUUUA